AUGAAGACUGUCCUGGUCCUCUCCAUACUUUUCUGUGCUUUAUUUGCAGCUCCAGCUGAAGACAAAGGGAAGGCUCCAGCUCGUUUUAAUUUUUGUCCAAAUGGCUGGUACAGACAUGAAUCUCGCUGCUUCCUGUUCAGCCAAGCCGCCAUGUCAUGGCACAGAGCUGAGGAGUACUGCAACAGCCUGGGUGCCAACCUAGCCUCGGUUACCAACCCCAGAGAAUACAUCUUCCUCCAGCAGAUAACACAGAAUGCCCGUCAGAGCUUUGCAUGGCUGGGAGGCUUCAAACUGCAGGGCCAGUGGAUGUGGAUUGACCGUGAGGGUUUCUAUUACACCAACUGGUAUAGCCAGUCCAGCUCCAGCAGCCACCUUUGCAUUUUCUUAUGCAGCAGCAAUGGUUGGAGUAACACCCCAUGUAGCGCUACUUACCACUUUAUCUGCUCCAAAAGCCCUUUCAGAUGUUAA